AUGGCGCGAAAAGAGCUGUCCACAGUCUCCAACAGCCAUUCUUGCGGAGAGCCUGUCAAACCAGCGCCAAAUCCGCCCAAUACUGAACCUCUUGAACAGGAGGAAUACCCACCUCUCUCAAAGGUCAUUGUCAUUGUUGCCGCAAUGAUGUGUACUGCUUUCCUCGUUGCAUUGGAUCGUCUGAUCAUUGCAACGGCCAUACCCGUCAUCACCAAUCACUUCAACUCCCUUGCAGACGUUGGUUGGUAUGCAUCGGCCUAUCUCCUCACAAUGUCUGCAUUCCAACUCUUGAUCGGUCGGAUUUACACCUUCUACAACCCUAAGACCGUAUAUAUUGUCUGUGUAGGGAUAUUCGAGUUGGGCUCCCUGGUCUGCGGCGUUGCACCAAACUCCACCGCACUUAUCAUCGGUCGUGCCAUCGCCGGCGUCGGCAGCGCAGGCAUCUUCUCUGGGGCAAUCACAAUAAUCGUCUAUCUUGUCCCGUUGCAGAAGCGACCUGCCUGGACCGGCAUCUUUGGCGCCGUCUUUGCCAUUGCUUCCGUCGCUGGGCCCCUACUGGGUGGCGUUUUUACCGACAAGGUCUCUUGGAGGUGGUGCUUCUAUAUCAAUUUGCCCGUCGGUGGAGCUAUGAUGGUACUGUUAUUCUUCGUGCUGGAACUCCCGGCCGCAACCAAUAAGAGGACCAAAGUACCCUUCAAGGAACGACUCCAGAAACUUGACCCAAUCGGAACAGCGGUCUUUAUCCCUUCUAUCGUCUGUCUCCUGCUGGCCCUGCAGUGGGGUGGCACUACAUACAACUGGUCCAACGCACGUAUCAUUGUCCUGCUAAUCCUUUCGGGAAUCCUCUUUAUCAUCUUCGUCUAUCUUCAACAUGUCUUCCAGGAGGACGCCACUAUUCCCCCACGGAUUAUCAAGAAUCGCUCCGUCUCAGCAGGCGUGCUAUAUGCCUUUUUCAGCGGCUCAGGGAUGAUGACCAUAGUUUACUUCCUCCCUAUCUGGUUCCAGGCCAUCAAAGGUGCCUCGGCUGUUCACUCGGGAAUCAUGAACCUCCCAGCUGUAUUGGGUAUCACGAUUUCCUCCAUGCUGGCCGGCUUUGCAACCCGCAAGAUCGGCUACUUCACACAGUGGAUGUAUCUUUCAUGCCUACUGACGUCCAUUGGCUCAGGUCUUAUCUCCACGUUUACAACAACUACAGCCCACCCGAAAUGGAUUGGAUAUCAGGCCAUCUGGGGUUUGGGAUUGGGACUAGGCAUGCAACAGCCCAGUGUCGCUGCACAAGUCGCACUGGCCCGCAAGGACGUGCCCACGGGUGCAUCAAUGAUGUUCUUUGCGCAAACGCUAGGCGGCUCAAUAUUCGUCAGUGUCGCGAACAACAUCUUCGACAACACCCUUGCCUCGGACCUGAAGAAAAUUCCCGGCGUCAACGCAGACGUAGUCACACACGUUGGGGCCACCGACCUCCGUGGCAUUGUACCUCCGCAGCUCCUACCUUCUGUGCUCGUGGCAUACAACGGCGCGCUAAGAAAUGCCUUUUACGUCGGGGUGGCCGUGUCCGCGGCAACCAUUCUUGGUGCUUUGGCCAUGGAGUGGAAGAGUCUGAAAAAGGUUGCUGCUGCGCAACAAGCUGCGGCCAAGGCUGCGAGGGAGGCAGCUGCAAGCGAGCAAAACGAUAGUAAGCCCAGUUCGACUGAUGAGACAGGAAUAGAGACAGAAAGGGGUGGUGGACAGACGGAACAGGAGCCAGUGAAUGAGAAGAGGAAAUCUGCUGAGGAAGUCUAA